CCGGCUGCUACUCGGUCUUCGCAGACUAUUCGUUUAUACGAGCGCAAAGUACCUACAUAUUAGAAGGUUGUCCUGCCUUGCAGUUUUAUCACGCGCUUUCCAUAUUAUUCUCGUAGCCCACGUGGGAAUUUCCUGUCGGCCUCUAAAUUAAUUUGCUGCUGUGACUUCACCAUUUUUCAAACAGCCACCCUCAGCCCCGAAGUUACCCUCUUCGAAGAUGGGUAUACCAGAUGGUGAUGUGACCGGGUCGACUUCGACGUUACCCUCGGAGGAUACCUUAUCGGAGGCAGAGACAGCCAAGCUGAUGCGCAAGAUUGAUCUGCGCGUGCUUCCUAUGCUGUUUCUCAUCUACGUCGCCGCGUUUCUAGACCGAGCCAACAUCUCCAAUGCCCUCACCAUGAGCCUGCCCCAAGAACUAGGACUAACCGGCCAGCAACCCAACAUCGCGCUAGCCGUAUUCUUCGUCCCCUACAUCAUCUUCGAGAUCCCCUCCAACAUCCUGAUGAAGCGGUUCACCCCGCACGUGUGGCUGUCCUCCUGCAUCCUCGGCUUCGGCAUCGUCAUGCUCGCCCAGGGCUUCAUCCGGAACUACAGCGGCCUGCUCGCGACCCGCUUCUUCCUCGGCCUCUUCGAGGCCGGCAUCUUCCCCGGCAGCUUCUACCUCAUCAGCUUCUGGUACCGGCGCCAGGAGUCGCAGAAGCGCUUCACGGUCUACUUCUGCUCCGUCAUCUUCGCGUCGGCGUUCGGCGGCCUCCUGGCCUCGGCCAUCCAGAAGAUGGACGGCAUGCGCGGCUUGAGCAACUGGAGGUGGAUCUUUAUUCUGGAGGGAACCCUGACGAUCUUGGUUGCGAUCGCGGCGUUCUUCCUGGUCAGCGAUUUCCCGAGCCAGGCGGCCUGGCUCUCGGAGGCGGAGAAGCAGGUUGUGCUGAGUAAGACGGCUGGUGGGUCUGAGAUAGGGUUAGAGGAAAAGGUUACCGGCCGAGAUGUCGCGCGGUUCUUCAAGGACCCCAAGAAUUACUUUGGCGCGAUCAUGUAUUUCUCGGUCGUGGUCCCCGUCUACGCAUUCGCCUACUUCACGCCGACCAUCGUGCGGACCCUCGGCUACUCGGUCGUGCAAACACAGCUCCACUCUGUCCCUCCAUUCGCCGCCGCCCUCGGCCUGUGCCUCGUCCUCGCCUACCUCUCCGACCAAACGGACAGCCGGCUCCCGUGCGUCGUGUUCCCCGGCGCCCUGCUCGUCGCCGGGCUCGCGAUCCUGAUGACCACGCACGCCAGCUUCUCCGCGCAGUACGCGGGCAUCUGCCUCGUGUGCAUGGGCGCCUUCAGCGCCGCCCCCACCGUCAUCUGCUGGUACCUCAUGAACCUCCACGGCCACAAGGAACGCAGCAUCGGCUCCGGGUGGAUGAUCAGCUUUGGCAACACGGGCGGCAUCGUCGCGCCGUUCGCGUUUCUGGCCAGGGACGCGCCGUACUAUCGCACGGGCUACGCGGUGUGCAUGGCGACUGCGGUGCUGGGGAUUGUGGCGGCACUGUGCUACGCGGGGUUGGUGUUGAGGGAGAGGAGACGUGGGAGGCGCAGUGGUGGUGGUGGUGGUGGUGGUGGUGGUGGUAGUGGGACACAGCAUGUGCUUGCCCUGUAAAAAUUAGGUACGGCCCUUUUGUGAGUGGGUGUUGGUGGUUCCAUUCGGCGGGCGGGCUGUCAGAGUCGGAUCUUUUGGUAGGGUAGCACGGGUGUAGAGUGUCUGCCAACCUACAUACAUGGUGGGUAGUGGGUAGGCAGAUUGAUAGGUAGUGUAGCACUGCCUGUGGUGCUCGGCGGUC